CUGAAAUCUAGUCCAGGAGUAAGCACUGCAGUGUACCUAACACAUGAGGACAAGGCCGUCCAUAAAUCAAAUCAUUCAGCCCCAGGUCUCCGCCGGCUUACUCUGGUCUGGCCGAGUGCUGUCGUCAGCAGGAAACGUGUAAAAACCAGAAGAGAGACAAAUGACGCGAUGAAGGAUGAAGGAUGAAUGCUCUAUGCUCAUUCUGCUUUCAAGAAGUCAAUCACCUCACCACCAGGCGGGAGCACAUAAUUACGAACGAGCGAACUCGCAAUAAUCGCGACGAAACUGGGUCAUGCCGAAAGUGGCACACAUUUGCGUGCUAGGCGCAACCGGUAUGUUGAUUGCCGGUGGGCGCUGUAUCAAUAGGCAUCUUGUCGAUAGUAUGAGCUGACUCGAAUGUCGUUCAAGGCCCUUCUGGAAUCGAAUUCACCAAUCUGAUACUAUCAAACCCGCUUGGUCCAAAGGUGACGCUCUAUGUGCGAAAUCCCUCCAAAUUGCCGAGCGAGUUCAACGAACCAGAGCAUGCAGCUCGUCUCAGAGUCAUGGUGGGCGAGCUUGACGACCAGACGGCCAUAGAGACGGCUUUGAGCGAUUCAUUUACCCCAGUGGAGGCUGUGGUGUCGUUUGUCGGACCUUACGCAUCCCUCAAGGCCUUCUUACUCCGUACAAAGACAACGCCCAUUGCCGAUGCCUUCCCUACAUUGCUCAAGGCGAUGAAGAAUAAAGGGGUGAAGAGGAUCUUAGCUCUGUCUUCCUCAUCGUGGCUGAUCCACCCCGAUUCGGGCAAAGAUGGCCACGACGAGGACUUGUUCGACUCAGUGUCUUGGGAUUGGUGGAUCGCAAUGCAGUUCGUGGCGUUUGUGUUGCCUCAGGGCUUCCGAGAGAUGAAGGAAACUGGCCGGAGAAUUGCCUGUGAAGGUAAAGAUGGUGGAUGGGGGUUGAAGUGGACUGUAUUCCGCGUACCUCAUCUCAGCAAUGGCUCGGGUGAUACAGCGGUGUCAGCAGGCUAUUUUGGCAACGGCUUUACUGGAUCCAAGGAUCUGACUCGCAAAAGCAUGGUGAGAUGGGUUUCGAAUGAACUGGAGGCUGGUGAUUGGAUCAACUCUGCACCUGUCGUGGCGAAUACGCAUUGAUUCUUCGUCAAGUCCGGCAUGGGAUCGAAUUGGUCAUAUUCUUCACCUCCAAGCAUUUUCUGCAGGGUUCAACGAAGGGUAUACGCAUUUGAAUGGGUUCACAGAGGACGGAGACAGCGAUGUCAUAGAUACCCAUUAGCUUUCAUUUAUUUUGUUC